CAAGACUUAAGUUUGUAGGGGAGAUAAGUUUAGUUAUGGGUUCGUGUAUGUGUUAUAGAAGACACUUUUCGUUUACGGUUUUGUUGACUAUGAAUAUGAGAGAAUUGAAUUCCGAAGGCAACCCAUUCCAUAAGCCAACCACCCUGUCUUAGCUGAAGAUGACUUCUACCCCUAAAAAAAAUGUUCAACUUAAGUGCCAGACAGUUACUUAUGUAUGUGUACAAAGUAAUUAGAAGAGAGAAGAUAACAUUUGUAGGAUAGACAAAAAUAUUGCAGAAAGAAUUAUUAAAGAUACUUUGUUCAGGCAUAUGGUAUUAUUAGAAUGGCAACAACUUUGCCAGAACCAUCAUCGACAUCUAGUCCACCCCCUCAUUCAGCAGCUUCAUUAGUAUGGCCACCCCAUACUCAAACCUGUGGUGAGGCUGAUUUUGUAAGUGAAGGUGCUGCAGUAAAGGAAUUCCAUGAAGAAGAGCAACAUUAUGACCCUUCUUCCAGAGACAUUGAUCAGUAUGGGGAACCAAGCAAUGAAUGUUAUGCAACAGUGCAGGUGUCAACAUUGCCAGUUUAUUCAGAAGUGAAUCAAGGAGCAGGUCCAAGUUCUGUAGAAACUUCAAGAUCUAGUGAUCCAAAGCAUUAUGUAAAUGAAAAUAACAUGAUCCAAGAUGCUGUAAUAACUACUCAGCCCUUCAGUUCUCGUAGCCAUUCUCCCAUUAUUAACCAAGCUUUAGCAGGAACUGCUAAUGCAACUGAAGAUCUUGCAAUUUCUCAGCAUCGUUCAUGUUCUGAAUCUUCUAUUGAUCGAGUACCAAUUACAGUUGAACAGUUGGUGUUGCAGCAUGAAGAUCCAGAUGGACAUACUAAUACAGCAGACAGCUUAGGUCUACCUCUGGUUUUAGAUCGAACAAACUUAGCUGCAAUUAUAGCUACCUCACAAUCAGAAGGUCCAGUCUGUCUGGAUACCUCAAAUCUUCAUCGACCAAAUUUUUCUACUAGUCACCUGUUGCAACAGGGUGCUUUGCUGACUAAUGAACACCAUCAAAUUGCACUAUCUGAUGGAACCAACAGUCUGUCACCAAACCUUAUGCCAUCAGUGUUGAGUCAGAGAGAGUUGCUGACAAGUAUGAUUCCACUGGCUUCCAUGAAAUCAUCAGCCAGCCACAAUAUGGUUUCAUCUUUUCCUAUCAGUCAUAAGCAGAUGCUUGCUCAAAAGUAUGCUGCAGAAAUUGAAAGACCAGAAACUUUAUCUUUUUCUGCAGAUGUACAAGGACAUAGCCAGUAUGUUGUUGAAAAUCUGGAUGACAGGAUUUCAGCACAUUUUGCAGUAACUUCAGGCAUCGGUGUACUUAUGGAUUCCCAAGCAGUCACUGUUUAUCCUACUCAUCAUUCCGUAUCAAUAGUCUCAACAUCUGGCUCCCCAAGCUUCACUGUUGAAGGCUACAAUCUAGAAAGAGGUGCAGCAGUUGUAAGCAGUUCCCAGGAAAAUCAUGAAGAAUUGAUGGAGGAUGUGCAGCACUAUGCUUCCACAUUACGGUCAGAAUCAAAUGGAAACACAUCAGUCCAUAGUUAUGUGUCUUCUACAGUGGACCUUGUUUCACAAGAAAACAUGAGUGUGGACUCCACUAUUGAUUCCAGGCUUCAUCCAUCUGAAGAUAAUGUCAACAGUAAUUUCAUAUUGCAGGAUGUGGUUGACAGUACAAACAACUAUGAAGAGCAAAUAGAUUCAUCUGCUUCUCAUCUCCCUGAUUCAGGAAAUUCUGAGAGAUGUGGUGCUACUGUACGUAUUGAAGAGGUUACGAACUGCCCAACAAUGAGCAAUGAGAACCAUCCAGAUUCUACCCACAACAACAUCGAAAUGUCUGUCUCAUCUGCUAGUUUAGGUGUACUCUGUGUUCCUUCUACUUCAUCUAAAGUUGACAUAUACUCUGAUGUAACACAGUCAUGCAGGGAUUUAAACAGUCCAGCCUACUGGUGUGAAGAGUGCCAACAAUUCAACGAAAGAGAAUGUCCAAAUCACAUGGUACAGUUGAUAGUCGAUAAGCCUGUCUUGAGCCGUGCAUGGGCAAGUUUACCAGCAACUUACCUCUACCUUCAUAAAAUAUCUGGUGCCAGUAAUGAAUCUGAAUAUGGAGUUUUUGCAAAGAAGACAAUACCAAAGAGAACACAAUUCGGACCACUUGAGGGUGUUCUGUUGAAAACAGAAAACAGACCCAGCAGCAGUUUUGUUCUUGUUGUUGAACAAGAUGAUGAUCACACUGUGUACCUGGACACUGUAGAUGAAUCACGUAGCAAUUGGAUGCGUUUUGUAAGACCAGCGGAAACUUACUGGCACCAGAACCUUGUGUUAGUACAACAAGGCCAGUCCCUGUACUUCAACACAACUCGAGCCAUAAAUCCUAGGACAGAACUUAGAGUUUGGUACUCUUCAGCAUAUGCUGAAAAAUGGGGCCUUCCCUUACUGGAAAUGCCAGAGGAAGAAAGAAAAGCUCUAGAAGAUGAGGAAAAUUCAUGGCCAUGUUUUGAAUGCAACAAACGGUUUCCCACAUCAGUAGAAUUGCAGAAACAUCUUAAUCAACAUGAUGAGGAACCACCUCAACCGCUUGUAACUCGCAGUCGAGGUAGAGGACGUACUACAAGAAGUGGAUAUUGCUCUAAUCAGACACUUAAAUCAGUGUCUGAGACAACAGAGGAUGGAUCAAAUGAAAUACCUGUUGUUAAAAGGGUUACUAGGAGCAGACCACCGAAAAAGAUGGCAACAGAAGAACCUACCAGCCCACUUUUGUUACAAACCACUAAAAGACCAAGAGGCAGACCUCCAAAAGACCUCAUGCUUGAUUCAAAACAUGAAGACUUUGAAUGUCAACUUUGUCAUAAGGUUUUCCCCAGAAAUUACAGCUUACAACGACAUAUGAUCAUGCAUACGGGUGAAAAACGUUUCAAAUGUCCAAUUUGUGAAAUGAAGUUCAGCCAUGUGUACAAUAGAAACAGGCAUGUUCGGAGGCACCGACAGCGGGGAGAAAACGAAGCUACACCUCGUACACUCAGGUCUUUCUCAAAAAGAAGAGAGAACAGAAUGUGGGCCUGCUCAAAUUGCCCUCUAGUGUUUGACAACUCUAGCAUUCUAAACCUCCAUUCUGAGAUUCAUGAAACAGCAGAUAAUAAACAGGAAAAAACCUCUUUGUGUGAAGAACAACAAACCCCAGAUUCGAAAGAAGUUCCAGAAACUGGCGAUGAAAGUAACAUUAUUUCAGAAAAUGGAGUUUGUAGGUGUCCCAAGUGUAAAAAGCCUUUUACUGGCAAGAGAGCGUUAAGUGAACACGUUGCCGUUCAUGGAAAAACCUAUUCUAAAGGGAUCUCGGUGAAAGGCCUUAUUAACCCCCAGAAACCAUACAAGUGUAACCUUUGUUACAAAUCUUUUGCCACUGAUGAAAGACUAAUACGUCACUACUUGGUUCAUGGAAGUGAUGAUUCAAAACCUCUACAAUGUGAUGUCUGUUUGAAGAGGUUCUUAAACAACUCUGCUUUAGCAUGUCAUAUUAAGGUCCAUAACGAAGACAGAAAGACCUAUGAAUGUCCAAUCUGCAAACAGAAUUUUGAACAAAUGAUUGGAUUAAAAGAACAUGUCCAUGGACACAGUGAGAAUGGUUUGUUCACUUGUCCACAUUGUCAGAAGAGAUGUGAAGAAUAUAACCAGAUACGAAAACACAUUCGAGCUUUUCAUUCAGAGAGACGCUAUCCUUGUGAUAAAUGUGAUAAGGUUUUCCCCCGACCAGAUAAGCUAAAGUUGCACAUGUUGCGACACUCAAAUCAUCGAGAGUUUCUCUGUGCAGACUGUGGGAAACAAUUUAAACGAAAAGACAAGCUGAAAGAGCACAUGAAGAGGAUGCACGGCCCUGAUAGAGAUGCUCGUGCCAACAGUCGAGCCCUAAAAGCAAGAUCCACUAAAAAAUUCGUUCCUAAGGUGUCUCCAACUGAUUACCACCGUUUUAUUUAUAAAUGUCACUCAUGUUUGUUGGGUUUCAAGCGGCGAGGGAUGCUGGUAAACCAUCUGGCUAGACGGCAUCCAGAUAUCAGGCCAGAUUCUGUUCCUGAACUAAACCUUCCAAUUCUGAAAACAACUAGAGAUUACUACUGUCAAUACUGUGAUAAAAUAUACAAAUCCAGCUCCAAGAGAAAAGCUCAUAUUUUAAAAAAUCAUCCAGGUGCUCAGUUACCCAUGAGUAAUAGACAAAAGGGAGGAAUUCCAGAAAUUCCAGGGUUGCCAAACCCCACCUUCUCACAAACAGUAGGAAGUAUCACCACCCACCCUCAUCAUUGUAAUUGGUGUCACAAACAGUAUGCCAGCAAAGCUAAACUGUUGCAACAUCAAAGGAAAAAACAUCUUGAAGUGUUAGCUCUCACUUACGCUACAUCGAAGAAUCAGCAAAAUUUACCAACAGCAUCGAAUGAUAAAGAAGCACCUCUUAUGGGACAUAUUGUGAUAACACAGGCCAUCCCAGGCAACAUGACAACCAGUUUAACAGCAGAUGGGGCUAUUAUAAUUGAUGCAACUAAGCGCAAGCUACAGUUUUCAGAUAGAGAGGGGUCACCAACUGCUGAUACUCUACCCUCUGCUGACCUGUUAACCCAAGCUAUGUCUGAACUCACACAGUCAUUAAACGACUAUCGACCCUCAAACUCAGAAUAUCUGGCUGCUCGUAUUUCCCAGUCAAGUCCUACAGCCUUGAUUAUUCCUUCAAGUGGCCAGUCCUCCCAAUCAGCAGCACUUAUCAGUUCAACAGCAGUCAUAGCUGGACACACAGAUGAUAAUACUUCAAUAGUUACACCAGAAACCACAUCUACUUUAGAAGAGCUUGGCACAGAACAGCCCCAAACUAUUACCACAGCAGUAUUGGACCAGGUCCAGCUAGCACAACUCCUUGCCCAGUAUCAGCAGCAACCUUUCAGUAUCUUGGCAACAUUACUUCGCAAUCCAUCUACCCAGACGUCAGUACCAACAGUCACUGUAACCACUCCUACAGUCACCACUUCUGCCACUACUAACCUCAACAGUUCUCGCAACUGGCCAGCUACCACUUCAACUUUCACAGAAUAUCCAGCUCAUUGAAAAGAAUUACAAACAUUCAGAAUGAGAAAAACAAGAAAGGGACACGUGUGAAUGUCUAAUGAUGGACAGCACGGUGCAGUUUUAUUUGUACUUUUUCUGUAAAUAUUGAUUCCAAUAUGAGAAGGAAACACUAGUAAUCUCAUCAAGUGUUGGACCUAGGCUUGUGGUCUUUCCAGUAAUAAAUAUUUUGACAUGUGGGCAUAUCGAUAGCCAAGUUAAACUAUUCUAGUAGUAGAGGUGCAUUUAGAGGGCCAGUCAGGUCUAAUACCUGUGAUAUAUGAAAGGAAGCUUUCCAAGAAAGCUACGUAGUCAGAGGCAUUACAUAUUAGUUCUUUCUCAUUUUCAGAAUGUUUUGAAAUUUCUUUUUCACCAGAUUAUUUUUGUUCUCUUCACUGAGAGAACAAAAAAGUUUCUAUGAUAUUAAACUUUAGAAACUGUUAGACGAGUGAACAGAAAUAUUACAAGAAUCUGAUGUUAUUUUUGUGUGUGUGUGUGUGUGUCAUGUACAUAAGUAGUUCUUACUUUAGUUCCUCUUGUCCCAAAAAUUAGAAGUAAGUUUUAAGUAUUUUCUCCUCUUUUUGGAAGAGAAUCUUAUUGUAUUAUAGUUUGUAAGCCUUUUUUUUUUGUAGAUUAAUUUAUGUAAUGAUGUAUUCAACAGUACCCUGUACAGUUAAUGUUUCUGUAAAUGAUACUGUCAGACUGCUUUCAACUCUUUUUACAUGUAAAACACUGAAACAUUUAAUAGCGGACCAUUCUGAGAACUGUUUAUGAAGAACAUUUAUAUAGAGCACAGGGCUUUUCAUACAGUAUAUAUAUCAACACUCAGUCCUCUGUUUCCAUCUAUUUUAUCCUGUUAGCUCCACUUGCACUUUUUUAAUAAUUCAGUAAUAAUUUCCUUUUCUUCUCAUUUGCAAAUACGUAAAUUCAAACAUGCUGAGUUGACAACACAUUCCCUAAUAUUUUAUAAGAAGCAUAUUGAAAUCAAAGAGUUAUAUAUAUAUAUAUAUAUGUAUACAUGUGUGUGUGUAUAAGAAUGAAAGAGGUUUCAAAAGUAAAUCUUUUAGUUAAAAAUUUUUGAGAUUCGUGGAUGCUUUGUUUUGUGAACAUAAAGGUUUCAUUUGAUUGACCUAGUAUCAAAGAUCAAAUAAACGUGUGCAUUUGUACUAGCUUCCUUAUUCAGUCGUAUCAUGCAAUUUUUUUUUUCUCUCUUAAAAACAUGUUCAAAAAAUAGAACUUCAAAAUUAGUUUAGCAUUAAGUAUAUUCUUCUAUAUGACGUUGUUUUUAAAAUAUACUAAUAAUAAUUUGCAGUUACUGAACAUGUUUAAAUUGUAGUUACUUUUAAAAUUCAAAUCUUUUUUUUUGAGAAAAACAGGAUAGUUAUUUUCAUUAAGUAAAACUUGAUGUGUAUUCUGGAUGAUCCAGGUAUGUACCUUUCCAGUACAUCAACAGUAUAUAUGUUUGAGAAAAGUGAAAUAUGGAUGAACAGUUUUGAUGAAAAUGAAGAUCUACAUAUUAACAUAACCUACAUCUUUACAAUCAUGCCAUUUACAAAAUACCAGUGUUAUAUGCUUUUAUGUAGUAAUAUUAAGGUCAUAAUUAUGGACAAGUUUGCACGUGGUGAUCAGUAAAGUGACCCCUGUGUUACAAAAACGAAUUUUUCUGACCUUAGAAUUUUUUUUUAAUUAGGUUCAGAUAACCAACUGAUAUUGAUAAAUGAACAUGCUAUAAUCCAGUAGUCUUAACAGGAAGUAAUUUAAUUGCAGUAUUGUUAUUUAGAUUUGCUGGUUUUGUGUUGGAUGAUAAAAAAAAAACAUUAUCUUCAAUCCUUAACAAUCUUGCCUCACCAGCCUAUUUGUUGGUUUGCUUGGAGUGACAUCUGGUUUUGGAACUCAUAUGAUGUUGGAAAUAAGUUUAAUUAGUAUUUUUCCAGAACACACUAGGAUUGGAAUAUUACCCUUAAAUGUAAUGAAAUGCUAUGGCUUUGCCCUGUUUUUUAGGUUUGUGUAAGUUUCUACAUUAAGUUGAAUGAUCAUUGGGUUAACAAGGUUUAUAUAAACAGUGAUAUUAAAAUAAUUAGGUAAAAGUUGUUCACUUGUAACACAUAUCUGAUGUUAUUUGCUCUUUCAUAAGAUAUUUCAAAACUGUAUGUUAUGCAAGAUAAUUACCAGAUUACUUUCAAAAGUCAUUUGAUUAUAAUGUCAUCAAAUGUGUGUGAAAUCUACUUAAACUGUAUCUUAAAAUACAAAAAAGUUACUGAAACUUUCCAUACAAUUAACUAUAAAUAUUAUUUUAAUGUUUACUCAGAUCUUUUAUUCUGAUAAAUAAAACCCCUCAGAAAUGUAUGUAAUAUUUGUGGGAUAUCACAGUGAGGUUUAAAAAAUAUGAAGACAUUUUUGUAAGUCAGAUCAGUUAAUGGGAAUCCAGGAAGAACUGGGUAGCUGAAGCUAGAACUUAACUUUAACUCAAAUCAACCUAGUAAUCAUUUUGCUUAGAGUUUAAAAUCAAUUUCAUUUUGAAUUACUCCGUAAAGAAUCGAACCUACAGAUUUUUUGAGGCCUGAAGAUAAUAUUACAGUUUUGAAAUAUUGUUUUCUAAUAUGUAGAUGUCUUAACUACUGAGCACCUCUUCUUUUGAAUCAAGAAAUAUCAUACUUUGUUUUAAGAUUAUAUACUGUUAGUUUGUGUGAACCAGUAUUUUUAAUAUAAUAGGAUUGGUCGACUGAAGAGAAGAAAUUAUAAACAUGGAGUAUGUUUCAUCGAUUAAAAUUUGCUAGUAAGUAUACUCAUUUACUGUCACAAUUAAAAGCUUGAUUUGAACAAAUAACAGUUAUUACCUUACUUCAAAAAUAAACUGAAAAGUUUUUAUACAAACUUCCAGGAGAUUCUGUCAUGUAAAAGACUAAACUCCAUUAUCUUUUUUUAAGAUUAUUUAUGCUUAAUGUAUGAUAAGUAUGCAUACAUAAAUGAAGUUUUUGAAAAUCACACACUGAGAUUUGUUACCUGUAAAACAGUAAGAAACUUUUUUGGAGAUAUAGAGGUGCUGUUCUGAACUUGUAUAAAUAGAGAAAGGAGUGCACACAGUUUUAUUUUGAACGUAAACACAUAAAGUUUCAUUUGCAGUGUAAAGACGUACAGUUUUAUUUUCAAUGUAAAGACAUAGUUUUAUUUUCAGUAUAAAGACGUACAGUUUAAUUUUCAGUGUAAAGAUGUAGUUUCAUUUUCAAUGUAAAGACGUACAGUUUCAUUUUCAAUGUAAAGACGUACAGUUUCGUUUUCAGUGUAAAGACGUACAGUUUUAUUUCAGGGUAAAGACAUACGGUUUUAUUUUCAGUGUAAAGACAUACGGUUUUAUUUUCAGUGUAAAGAUGUACAGUUUCGUUUUCAGUGUAGACGUACAGUUUUAUUUUCAGUGUAAAGACGUACAGUUUUAUUUUCAGUGUAAAGACGUACAGUUUAUUUUCAGUGUAAAGACGUACGGUUUUAUUUUCAGUGUAAAGACAUACGGUUUUAUUUUCAAUGUAAAGACGUACAGUUUCGUUUUCAGUGUAAAGACGUAAAGUUUUAUUUUCAGUGUAAAGAUUUACCUUUUCUUAUGGGUCCCAUUUGUAAUUUAUGUAACCAGAACAGCAGCAAACAGAUCUUGUAUAGAUUGAGAAUCAGUUUUAGUGAAUGGAUUUAGCCUCUCCUGGGUACUGUUGAGUACUUGGUAUUGAUUGCUGGACCAUUUUCCAAUCAGGCAUUCUGUGAAGGUGUAUAGAUUUUUUUACCUAUAUUAAGGACUAGAGAAUAUAUUUGAGAUACUGUUGUUUUUAAAAAUGAUGGCAGCUCCAACUAGUUGUCGUCAGAAACUGACACAAAGUAUUAUUUUUUAGAAGUUUUUGCAAACAUAUCGAAUCACGAUAGAAUUUCAAGGAUAGAUCUUGUACAGUAGAAAGAUUGGUAGAAAAUUAUAGCAGUAGAUGAUAUAGUUUCCAAAAGCAUUUUUAGUAAUUAUGUUUUAUGUAAUUUUAUCACUGAUGAUUUGUUUUUCUUUAUGCUAUAUGGAAAGAUAUGUUAAUGUCAAUAAAAAUUUUCCAUGCUAAUUAUCUCAUCACCAGAAAGUUAAUGCAUAAAUUUUUUAAGUUAUGAAAAGUUAUAAUCUUUAGAAGCAAUUAUAAGUUAUUAAUAUGUUUCUUACUUUUAUUUGGUUAUAUUAUCACACCAACUAAUAAAAUAACUUGAUUUAUCUUAGUCUUUGAGCUAGAACAGCUUAUAAACUUUGUUGGAUUCCUUGAUAUGUUUAUAGAUAUUUUAUUUUAAACUUUAUAAUUAAAAAAAUGGGUGAAAUACAACAGAAGAAAACGUCAAAUUUGAAAUACCUUGCAUUGGUAUUAAAGGGCAGGAAAACUAUUUUAUAAAUCCCCAUUUUGGGUACUUGUAUGGCAUAUUCACUCAUACUCUUUUAUAAAAAUAAGACAGAUUUUGUUGUGUAUCAGUAUUCUGAACCUUUAUUACAUGAUUAGAAGUGUCAAAUGUUAGAAUAAUUCAUCAUAACUGUGUUUUACAGUGCUCUAAUUUACUCAACAGCCCUUCUCAAAAUGUGCUCUACAGAGAAAUAUUUUGGAAUGAUUUCCUUAAUGGGCAGAACACAGAAACUUGUUAUGAUGUUAAAUUUUCAUUACAUAUGCUACAGUUUCUGCUCUCAUUGCAUUUAUUAGGAACUUUCUGUUGAAUUAUUGAUAUUGCGAUGUUUCAUUCACGAUAAAAUUUAUAAACUUGCUCGCAGGGAGAUUUUCAGUUUAAUAUAAUUGAAAGCCAGUGAGAAAAGAUUUCAUUUUUGUUUAAAAUGUAAGUUUUCUGAUGUUUAAGUUAAUUGUAUCAACAAACAUCUUCAUGUGUCAGUUAUGUUCCUUUGUUUUAAUUCUAUUUUUAACAUUUUCCACUGUAGUCAUAGAAAGGAUACCAGUUUCUACUCUUGACUAUUUAUUGAAUCAUGUGUUUCUGAAUGUUUCCUGUUGUUGUAUACCAUCAUUUGUCAUGAAGUAAAAACUUUUUUCUGGA